UUCUUUAGUGCCUUAGCCCUUUCUGACAUUAAGAAAUUUCAGGUAGGUGGUUGUGGCACACACCUUUAAUCCCAGCACUCAGGAGGCAGAGGCAAGCGGAUCUCCUGAGUUUGAGACCAGCCUGCUUUACAGAGUGAGUUCUAGGACAGCCAGGUCUACACAGAGAAACCCUGUCUCAAAAACAAACAAACAAAAAAAGCCUUGUUUCAGUCAUGUGAGGAGACACAAAUCUGUCAUCUUGGUGCUUGGAAGAUAGAGGCAGGAAGAUCAGGAGUUCAAAGUCAUCUUCAGCUACACAGUGAGUCUGAGAAAGAAACCUGGCUCUACUUGUCAUCCUCAGGUCUUGCCAUCCUGGCCAACCAUGUUCUUGCUUAGUGCCCAGCCAUGCCGGCUACUGUUCUGGGAGCUUUGUCAGCCUCACCCAGCUCUGCUCGGGCUCUAGUGUAUUCCCAAUUAAACAGGGAAGCUCUCUUGGGUGAGCACUUUCUCCCAGUCGUUCCCUUUCUGCCCUUUCAGUGGCAUAUACCCAGUGGCCAGCUAUGGGGUGAAGCCUGGGCUUCCCGGGUCCUGGGUAAUAGUACAUGCACUGUUAGCAAAGUGAAUCCUUGUAAGACCUGAGAAGAGCCCAGGGUGUGUGCCUCUAUGGAUGGGGCUGGGGACAGAACUCUUAAGCCUUGACUGCCCAUGUAGUGUCAACAGGGAGGCUUGCCUUCUGUUUGUCCAUCUGGUCACAGCAGUGCCCUGCUGGAUUCCUCCAUGCCAACACAAUGGCCAGGUUCUGGGCCCCACACUGGUACAGAGGAGAAGAGCAGCGGCUUCCGGCUGAAGCCCCCAACGCUUAUCCACGGGCAGGCACCCAGUGCAGGUCUGCCCAGCCAGAAACCCAGGGAACAGCAGCGUGGUGUGCUCCGUCCAGCUGUGCUGCAGGCCCCACAGCCCAAGGUGCUGUCACAGACGGGAGUCCUGCUUCUGAGCACACUGGAAGUCCCCAGCAGUGGCACCAAUGGGGUCAGUAUGCCAGCGGACUGCACGGGGCCAGCCACUUCUGCAUCACCAGAAAACCUCACACAGAGGAGUCCCUCUGAGUCUGCCGAGGGGACACACACAUUUGAGGAGAAGGUACCUCAGAAAACCCCAAGUGGAGGCUCAGAGGAGACGCACUGUGAAGAGGAGCAGGUGGCCCCACAGGCCUUCGUGUUUGGACAGAAUUUGAGAGACAGAGUGAAGUUAAUGAAUGAGAAGGCCAAUGUGGCAGAUGUAGACAGUGCCGCACAUCCCGGCUCAGAAACACCCACUGCGACCAACUACUUCCUGCAGUAUAUCAGUUCCAGCGCAGACAACUCGACCCACAGUGCUGACACCUCCACCAAGUUUGUGUUUGGCCAGAACAUGAGUGAGCGCGUCUUGAGCCCCCCAAAGCUGAACGAAGCCAAUUCAGACACCAGCAGGGAGACUACACAUGCCCAGUCAGGGUCUGAGUCGUCAUCCCAGGAGGCCGUCCCCAAGAAAGAGUCCCUGGCCGAGUCAGCUGCUGCCUAUACCAAGGCUACAGCAUGGACGUGUUUGCUGGAGAAAGUGGAGGUCAUUACAGGGGAGGAGGCAGAGAGCAAUGUGCUGCAGAUCCAGUGUAAGCUGUUUGUGUUUGACAAGACAUCACAGUCAUGGGUGGAGCGUGGCCGGGGACUUCUCAGACUCAAUGACAUGGCGUCAGCCGACGAUGGCACAUUACAGUCCCGGCUAGUGAUGCGGACCCAGGGCAGCCUGCGGCUCAUCCUGAACACGAAGCUGUGGGCACAGAUGCAGAUGGACAAGGCCAGUGAAAAGAGCAUCCGCAUCACAGCCACGGACGCUGAGGACCAGGGCGUCAAGGUCUUCCUGAUCUCGGCCAGCUCCAAAGACACAGGCCAACUGUAUGCUGCGUUGCACCACCGCAUCCUGGCUCUGCGUAGCCGGGCCGAACAGGAACAGGAGGCCAAGGCACCCCCACCUGAGCCAGGAGCCACCCGGGCUGCCGAGGAGGAAGACAGUGAUGAGGAUGCUGUGCUGGCUCCUUCAGGUGUCACGGGGGCCGGCGCAGGCGAUGACGGUGAUGGUCAGGCUACUGGGAGCACAUAGCAGCGGAGCCGCUGUACCAGGCUGCUGCUUCGUCGUCUGUCUGCUGCUGCCCAUCCCUCCCUGCAGGCCGUGUCAUGGUGGUGUCUAUUGCCGGGGUGGCCACAGGCUGGAUCCGAGUGUCCCCUCUGCAGCAGACGGGGACGCCAGGAUGCGGCUUGGGACUCAGACCUCAUCAUAUUGAUGAGCAGAAAGAACGUUCCCCGCCUUCGUCCGAUCGAAAUGGCACAUUGACACUUGUCACAGCUUCGUGGUGACCAUCCCUCCCUGGGCAGUGACAGUGAGAAGUCUGAGCUCAGCAUUCUGCUGAGUGACCUGCUGCCUGCUCGGCUUUCCUCUGCCAGGCCUAAGUGGCAGCUGCCUCUUGUUCUCUGGUGGCUUGGCUCCCCAGGUCGAGUGAAGCUACACUCGGGCUGAGCUGACUUGACGCUCUUCUGGGUGGUGCCCAGCCCACACAGGGGCUCCGUAAGUUGGGUCCUGAGAACACCUGUCUGGAUGAAGGUUUUGGAGCCAGGAGACUUUCUGCCCUCUUGCCUGCCAACCUGAACCACCGGGGUCACCCUUAGCAUAGCACAGCCCUGAGGUGACUGACCAUCCUGUGGACUGUGUGGUCCCACCUCUGGCCUGGCCACUCCCGGGGAGCCAGCAAGGACACCAGAGGCUGCCUAGCAGGUGGGCCACACUGCUUCCAGCCUUAGCCAGCCAGUGACAAGUGAAUCCAGACGUCACCCAUGUGUUUUGGAACAUUUAUGUAAGAUUGUCAUAUGAAAUGUAUUUGAGAACUGCAUUAAAACUUUUAACUAAA